UCAAAUUCGCCAUCGCCAUUUUUCUUUUGUCUCUGCGUCGUCACGGGUUUCUUGGAGAGAAAAAGAAAAUCUCACGAGGAACCCAUUAUUUUCUCGGGAAAAUCUUUGUAGGAUUACAGAUUCUUCUCUAUUGCUCUCUUACUCUUCUUAAUAUAAACGGACAACAGAAAAGUUCAUCAGUUUUGGUUCUUCGUGUUUAUUUAAACCCGUAAUCGUCUCUCUUUUUGACGAGACUUUUCUCGGAGAACCAUUUCCGGAUUCCAAACAAGUUUAGUGGUCGUUUUCUUGGGUUUUUGAUCCAAGUGAUCUGGAUUCUUUAGGUGAACAGAGAAAACAUGACGCUGACGCUUGAGUCGUUGCCGGGAAGUUCAGGGUACUUGGACAUGUUUCCUGAUAGGAGAAUGUCUUAUUUCAGCAAUCCGUUUGUUCUAGGAUUGACCGUCAUUGCAGGGAUUGGUGGUCUGCUUUUCGGCUACGAUACAGGUGUAAUUUCGGGUGCCCUUCUGUAUAUAAAAGAUGAUUUUGAGGUAGUCAAUCAGAGUAGUUUCUUACAGGAAACAAUUGUCAGUAUGGCCUUGGUGGGUGCAGUAAUUGGAGCCGCAUCCGGGGGAUGGAUUAAUGAUGCUUAUGGGCGUAAGAAAGCUACUCUGCUAUCUGAUGUUAUCUUUACUGCUGGAGCUAUUGUCAUGGCUACUGCACCGGACCCAUAUGUUCUUAUAUUUGGCAGGCUUCUUGUUGGGCUUGGAGUGGGCAUUGCAUCUGUUACAGCUCCCAUGUAUAUUGCUGAAGCAUCCCCAUCAGAAGUAAGGGGUGGACUUGUGAGCACAAAUGUUCUGAUGAUUACCGGUGGACAGUUUCUUUCCUACCUUGUGAACCUCGCUUUUACAGAGGUUCCAGGAACAUGGAGAUGGAUGCUUGGUGUUUCAGCUGUCCCUGCUGUUAUUCAGUUCUUCUUUAUGCUAUGUUUGCCAGAAUCUCCUCGAUGGCUUUUUAUGAAAAAUGAUGAAGCUAAAGCUAUUUCUGUGCUUGCUAAAAUUUAUGAUAUUGAUCGGCUAGAGGAUGAAAUUGAGCACCUUUUAGCAGUUUCAGAGAAAGAACGUGAGAGAAAGAGUACUGUGAGAUACUUGGAUGUUUUUAGAUCAAAAGAAAUGAGGCUUGCAUUUUUUGCUGGUGCAGGACUUCAGGCAUUCCAGCAAUUUACUGGUAUUAAUACUGUGAUGUACUACAGCCCAACAAUCGUCCAAAUGGCCGGCUUCCGUUCCAACCAGUUAGCACUUCUCUUAUCUCUCGUUGUUGCUGCCAUGAAUGCUGCUGGGACAGUUGUUGGGAUUUACCUUAUUGAUCAUGUUGGACGAAAGAAAUUGGCCCUCUCAAGUUUAUCUGGAGUAAUUGUUUCACUUGUGAUUCUUGCUGCAGCAUUCAUAUUCAAGACAUCUGAUUUUCUUGGUGGACUUAAUGGGUGGCUUGCAGUGGUAGGGUUGGCCCUAUACAUUGCAUUCUUUUCACCUGGAAUGGGACCUGUGCCAUGGACCGUGAACUCAGAGAUAUAUCCAGAGAAAUACCGAGGAAUAUGUGGUGGAAUGUCAGCAACAGUGAAUUGGGUUUCCAACUUGAUUGUGGCUCAGACUUUCCUUUCAGUUGCUGAAGCUGUGGGUACCGGUAUCACCUUCUUGAUUCUUGCUGCUGUGGCUGUUGUUGCAAUUGUAUUUGUAGUUGUGUUUGUGCCAGAGACCAAGGGGUUGACGUUUGUGGAAGUGGAGCAGAUAUGGAAGGAGAGGGCUUGGGGAAGCAGUUUUAACACUCAAAGCCUCAUAGAGUGUGGAAACGAAUAGUAGGUGUUGGAUUUGAUUUUGGAAUAUUUACCAGAUUUAGAGGUUCUAAGAAAAAAUAUAUAUUCUUGUUUAAUCUAUAUGUAAGAGUGUAAGACUUUGAGUAUGAUUACCUUCAUGACUAUGUAUAUGCAUGAAUUUGUGGUCGGAGAUAGAUCCGAGAUAGAUGCUUGCGUAGUUGCUGUAAAAGAUAUAUUGGGAGUGUUUUCAUGGUCCCAAGAAGAAAGUCAUGGAUGAUCUUUGAACUUUCUUUAGCUAUGUGUAUUACUUGUUUGCGCCUA